CUGCCGAUAUUUGCCGCAAUAAAUAGGCCGGGUCUUCUUCCUUGCUUUGCCUUUUCUUCCUGGAGGACGAUCGCUCGUCCCUUUUAUCAAAUCUCGUGUUUUUUCUCUCUUGAGAUGAUCUGAGAGCCAGAGCUGGAAGAAAGAGAGAGAGAAGAAAGAAAAUUGGCUAAGGAGUCUGAACAUUCUCUUUUCUUAACCUCACCUCAGGUUCCUUUUUGGUCUUUAUAAAGUGGAAAGAUGCUGGAAAAGAUUGGUUUGCCAGCCAAGCCAUCAGUGCGAGGUGGAAGUUGGGUGGUUGAUGCAUCCCAUUGCCAGGGUUGUUCUUCUCAGUUCACAUUUAUCAAUAGGAAGCAUCAUUGUCGCAGAUGUGGGGGCUUGUUCUGCAAUAGUUGCACUCAGCAGAGAAUGGUUUUACGUGGACAAGGUGACUCACCAGUUCGAAUAUGUGAUCCUUGCAAAAAAAUAGAGGAGGCGGCACGCUUUGAGUUGAGAUAUGGACACAAAAGUCGAGCUGCAAAAGGUAAUCUGAAACUUGCCUUAAAGCAUGAGGAAGAAAUUCUAGGUCAGAUUCUUGGAACUGAUGGGAAGCAGCAUUUGCCAUCUGGAGAAGAAUCACAUGCAGAUGCAAUUUCUGAUCAUCAGAAAUUUGGGAGCAGCGCUUCGUGUUCGAGUUUGAAUGAGUCUGCUACUCCAGUUAGGGAACUAGGUGUUAUUAGGAGCACAUCUGUUGAAAUGCACAAUAUUGCCCACACUGAUGUGUCUGGUAGUCCAGAAGAAUUGCGUCAGCAAGCUGUUGAGGAGAAGAAAAUGUAUAAGAUCCUAAAAGCACAAGGGAAGUCUGAGGAAGCACUUCAAGCCUUCAAGCGUGGUAAAGAACUUGAGAGGCAGGCUGGGGCUUUAGAAAUUGCAAUAAGAAAGAGCCGUAGAAUGGCUUCAAAAGCUUCAAUUUUGAGCAGUACAGCUGGCUCCCAAAAUACAGAUGAAAGUGAAGAGUUGGGUAGUAAAAGAAAGUUACCAUCACAAAGGAGUAAAAAGGAAAAGGAUGACCUUGCUGCUGAUCUUAGAGAACUGGGAUGGUCUGAUGCUGAUCUUCAUGAUGCAGAUAAAAAGUCUGCAAAGGUGAGUUUGGAGGGUGAACUGUCAAAUCUUCUUGGAGAAAUCACUUCAAGAUCCUCUCAAGGUAGGAAAACUGGUGGCAUUGAUAAGUCUCAGAUCACUGCUCACAAGAAAAAGGCUCUUUUGCUUAAGCGAGAAGGGAAGCUUGCUGAGGCAAAGGAAGAACUGAAGAAGGCUAAAAUUUUAGAAAAACAACUAGAAGAACGGGAGCUCUUGGGUGAGGAUGAAGAUUCUGACGAUGAGCUAUCUGCCUUAAUCCGCAGUAUGGAUGAUGACAAACAAGAUGAUUUACUAUUGGACCAUGCAUCUGACCCUGACAGGAGCUUCAACCACUUUCCAGGUGUCAUAGAUGAUCUUGCUAUUGAUGGGAAUUUUGACGUGACAGAUGAUGAUAUGAAUGACCCAGAGCUAGCUGCUGCCUUGAAAUCAUUCGGCUGGAGUGAAGAUGAUGAUCAAGCAACCGAUCAUGUCAUGCAAUCUGUUGCUGUGGACCGGGAUGCAUUGCAGAGCCAAGUUCUUGCCCUGAAGAGAGAGGCCCUCAGCCAAAAACGAGCAGGCAACACUGCAGAGGCAAUGGAGCUGCUUAAGAAAGCUAAACUACUGGAGAGGGACAUGGAGAGCAUGCAGUCUGAUGCUGAAAUCUUUACACCAGAACUGAAGCUGGAGACUUCAACUGCUCAAGUUUCUGGAGAUCCAUCUGUGGCAGGGACAUCUGUUGAGGAGAGUAUUACAGAAAUAAGUAACUCAUAUGUUAAAUCUCCACCAAAAAGUAAACUAGCAAUUCAGAAAGAGCUACUGGCUUUGAAAAAGAAGGCACUCACUUUGAGAAGGGAAGGGCGCUUGAACGAGGCAGAGGAAGAACUGAAGAAAGGAAAAAUUCUUGAGCAACAAUUGGAAGAGAUGGAAAAUGCUCCAAAAAGGCCUGUAGCUAAAGUGGGCAAGAAGACUUUGGAAUCAACCCGUACCCAUGAAGGUGCUUCUGUGACCUUAGGUCUUGGAGAGGAGGGGGGGGAUGCAGAGGUAACAGAACAAGACAUGCAUGAUCCAGCCUUGCUGUCAGUUUUGAAGAAUUUGGGAUGGAAUGAUGAUGAUGUUGAGUCUGUUGGUGUGACAAAUAAACCCACUGAACAGAUGAAUGAUGAAUCUUCCCAUGACAGUGUCCCUUCUGUAAAACCUCGGAAGGCAAUGAGGAGCAAGGCUGAAAUUCAGAGGGAUUUACUAGCUUUAAAAAGAAAAGCCUUGGCCUUGAGACGGCAAGGUAAAACUGAGGAGGCCGAGGAAGUGCUGGAGAAGGCAAAGGCCUUGGAAAAUGAGAUGGCAGAGAUGGAUAACCUGCAUAAUGCCAAGUCUAUGCAGGUGGAGUCACAUGUACUUGGAUCUCUGGAAACACAAAAGAGAUCAGAUAAUCAGAAGGGUACUGGUGAUGUACAAAAUGCUGAUGCAGACUUAUUGUCUGUUGUUAUGAAUAAUAUGCCAAAGGAUAAGGUGGUCGUGACACAAGAUGCAUAUGAUGUCGAUUUUAAGAAAAUGAGUGAAGCAAGAAAACCUCUUCCACCUGGAUCUGCUGUGAAAGUUCCAGAAACAUCGUCGCAUGAGCUGCAGAAAUUUGGAAGACCAGGUCUUCUAGCUGCCGAAAGUUCUAUAGACCAGCCUUUAGACUUGCUUGAUUUUCUCUCAGGCAAGGAGGAAAAGAUUUCACGGCCAGCUUAUGGAGAAUCAGCAUGGGAAGAAACUCCAGAAGCCAAUAGUUCCUCUCCUGCAAUUUUUCCGGUCCGGCCACAAAUUCAGAUUAGUGCCAAAGAGGCCGUCGGUGAAACUGAAAUACUAUCACAUGGAGGCCCAACUCUUCAAAUGGCUCAGAAGAAAGACAUAAAUGUUGCUACCACGAAUAAUUCACCAGCACCUGAAGAAAGAUUAGAUCAUGGGACUGGGGAUCUUAAGGAUGAAAUUCUAGCUAGGAAAAGAAGGGCUCUUGCCCUAAAGAGAGAUGGGAAGUUGGCAGAAGCCCGAGAAGAACUGAGGCAAGCAAAAAUUUUGGAAAAGAGUCUGGAAGAUGGUCAACAAAACAAUGCGGGUAGUGCAAGUGUUCUGGCUACUACUCCCAACACUACUGUCAUGCAAGAAAGCAAAACUAACCAGUCAAAGAAACCUAUUUCAGGCCGUGAUCGCUUAAAAAUACAGCAGGAGUCCCUCUCUCACAAGCGUAAUGCUUUGAAACUGCGACGAGAAGGAAAGAUGGAGGAAUCAGAGGCUGAACUUGAACUAGCCAAGGCAUUGGAGAACCAAUUAGAAGAAUUGGAUUCACAACGUUCAAGCACCAGCACUUCUGCUGGCAAACUGGAAGCAAUGGGUGAUGCAGUUGUGGAGGAUCUGCUUGAUCCUCAACUCAUGUCUGCCCUCAAAUCAAUAGGGUGGCAAGAUACUGAUUUUGGAGCGCAACCUUCCAGCAAAUUAGAGUCUAAGCCAAAAGUUGAGAAGGAUGGAAAUCCUCAAGCAGAAAAAGCUCAUCUGGAAGAACAGAUCAAAGCGGAGAAGCUUCGAGCUCUUAACUUGAAACGGGCAGGUAAGCAAACAGAGGCUUUGGAAGCUCUCCGCUCGGCCAAACGUCUUGAAAAGAAGCUUGCCUUAUUAACUUAAAAAGCACAUGAUAGAGUGAUGAUACUUCAUGCAUAUUAGAUGCAUUUGGAUAUGUUUCUAUCUUUGAAUUCAUUGGACUCUGUCCAAUCUAUCUUUCUCUCUCUCUAUCUCAAAAAAUAAUGCUGCUAUCUAUGAUGAUAGCCAUAGUUGUAAUUAUGUAGAACUGUAUCGCAUGAUGAAAAGUUCAUUUGGAAGAGUUGAUCAAGACUUUAAAA